AUGAGACUUUGUGGUGAAGAAGUAACCGAGAAAGAGUUACUGGAUAAGACCUUCUCUACGUUCCAUUCCACAAAUGUGUUGCUGCAACAGCAGUAUAGAGAGAGAGGCUUCACCACAUACACUAAUCUGAUCUCGUGUCUACUUCUGGCUGAGGCUAAUAAUGAACUCCUGAUGAAGAACAGUGAGAUGAGACCUCCAGGAUCAGCACCAUUACCAGAAGCUCACAAGGCUGAACAUGAAAAGAAAGAUCCCAAAGAAAGAAACCACGUCUAUAAUGAAAGGAGAUCACACGGCAGAGGCCGUGGUGGGUACAAGGGACGUGGUGGUCGUGACAACUACUCAUAUGGCCGAGGGUAUGGAAACCACAAUAAUCGUAGUCAUGGUUCCAGCUAUGGCCGUGGAAGAGCCAAUUUUGGCUGCGGUCGAGGCGUCAUAUCCAAGCCGUCUUACUCGACCAAAUCCAUUUGUCACAGGUGCGGGAUGAGUAACCAUUGGGCCAAGAAUUGUAGAACUCCUAAGCAUUUAUGUGAACUCUAUCAAGAGAGCCUUAAGAACAAGAACUCAGAAGCCCAUAUGUUCAUGACAAUGGGAAUGAUGCUGAUGAUGAUUUCGACCACGAAAAGGAUGAUCUUAUGGAUCAUGAGACAUCAGAUUGUCUUAAAGACUAAAUUCAAAUUUUAUUUGAUUGCUUUAUGA